CAGGGCAGGGUAGGGCCGGGCCGCGCCACAGGGGCCGUCAGAGGGAGAACACCAGGCGCGGCGCGGGCGGUUCCGGCUCCAGCUCCGUCCCGGGAGAGGCGCGAUGGCGAGCAGCGACAGGCACCACGCCGCGGAGAGCGCCCUCGGCUCCGACGGGGACGAGGAGGCGACCCGGGAGCUGGACACCGAGGAGGAGUCGGAGGGCGAAGAGGACGAGACGGCCGCGGAGUCGGAGUCGGAGCCGGACGCCAGGUUAUCAGACCAGGAUGAAGAGGGCAAGACCAAGCAGAAGUGUAUCAUAUCUGACCCCUCCUUUUCCAUGGUAACAGUUCAACGUGAAGAUAGUGGAAUAACCUGGGAGACCAAUUCAAGUAGGUCUUCCACUCCUUGGGCCUCGGAAGAAAGUCAGACUUCUGGUGUGUGUAGUCUGGAAGGGUCAACCGUGAAUUCCCCUCCAGGGAGUGUUUCCUUUAUUGUGGAUGGAGUUAAAAGGGUUCGGAAAAGAAAGCCUAAGUCAAAGCAUGGCUCUCCAUUGUUACGUCGGAAAGGCAACAAGAAAAGAGGCUCUUUUGACUCCCAAGAUAUCCCAGCAAACAAAAAAAGUAAUCCUUUAAUUUCAGAAAGCAAGGUGCUAAACACCCAAAAAGAAAAGUCAUCUACUGGCAUUUAUGAAACAAUGAGAAAAAAGAAGACCGCCUCAAAUACAGCUCCUAUUACGGGGGCAAUAUACAAAGAGUACAAGCCAUUAGUGUUAAGGCCCGUAUACAUAGGAACAGUACAAUAUAAAAUCAAGAUGUUUAAUUCGGUUAAAGAAGAAUUAAUUCCUCUACAAUUUUAUGGGACAUUGCCAAAGGGUUAUGUUAUCAAAGAAAUACAUUAUAGGAAGGGGAAAGAUGCAUCCAUUAGUCUAGAGCCAGAUGUGGGCAAUCGUGAUUCUAAUGUAGUUUCCAAAACAGGCAAAUUAGUAGUCAAAAGCAUAGAAGUUGAUAAAGUAAAAGAGCUUGCAUCACCCUGGAGAGGUGCACUCUCUGAAGGAUCAAAGUCCCUGACCUCCUUCUUCAGUCGUGAAGAUCAAAAGAAAACUUACAUUGAUUCUCCUCUAAGGGCUGCAUCUGCCACCAAGCACACACCUUCGUCCUAUACAAGUAAUGACACAGUGGAACAAGAAACACAGCUCAGCCCUCCACAGUCAGUGCCGCAACCGCCAACUGAUGAAGCAAAACCCCGAGAAAUGGAGCCUUUCUCUUCAACACCAGAUACAUCUGCAGCUGCGUUCCUGGAAACAGCAAAGGAAGAAUCUGAGGCCAAUACACAAGAGACUACAACUGCAGAGUAUGACUCUUCAGUCUCACCGUCUUUAGUGGAUGAAGUAAAGAAGGAAGCUGUGUUUUCUGCUGACCAUUCCAUUUCACUGGAGGCAGAGAAGGAUUCUCUGGAAACAGGUACACCAGGUCUGGCAGCAUCUAUCCAGGAAGAUUUUGCCCCAGAGAGAGAAGAGCUGGAUGUGACUUCACUAGAAAGGGCAGAACCAGUCUCUGAAGAGCUGACCCUUCCUCAUCUCAGCGUCAAAGGAGAGAAGGAAGAAAACGUGCCAGAGCCAUCCAUUUCUCUUUCUGAACCUCUAAUGUUAGAGGAACCAGAGAAAGAAGACACAGAAACAUCUCUACCAAUGGCUGCUACCCCUGAACCUGAAGAUUCUAAUUUAGUGGAAGAAGAGAUCAUAGAACUUGAUUACCCAGAAAGUCCAUCAGCUUCUGAGGAGCCCUUCCUACCACGCUUGGCCCCUGAAGUGGAGCAGGAAGAGGAGACCAUUCUACCAUUACUGACAACAUCAAACCCUGAACAUGUUGCUUUGUCUGAAGAAGAAAGGGAGGAAAAUGAGUCUGUCUCUACUGAUUCUGCUUUUGUAUCAGAGUAUUCAGUUCCACAGGAUUUGAACUAUGAACUAGAGAAGCAGGAGGUUGAGUCAGUUUCUCCAUCCAAUGUAAAAGCUCUAUCUGAACAUGCAGUUUUAUCUGAAGAGAAUGAUGAACUUGAGCCUUAUUCCCCAGCUUCAGCCUCUGUAUCUGAACACUCUUUCUCACCAUCCACAACUGAGAUGACUCCUGAAUGCCAGUCCCCCCUGUUUUCAACAGUUACAUCGGAACACACAGUCCUAUCCGGAGAAGAGGCCUCAGAAAGUGGGCGUGACACACUGGAUUCCACAUCUGCUGCUGAAUUUUCAAUUUCAUCACAGGCAACAAAAGAGUCACUGAAGAAAACUGACCAUAAGACCCCAGUAAAAUCAGAAAUUGUUUCUGAGCCCAUGAUUCUGCCAGAAGAAGAGAAGGAAGACACUGGACCAUAUUCCCCAGGUGAGGCCCCUGUAUCUGAACACUCUCUCCCACCAUACCCAGCUGAGGUGACUUCUGAAUGCCAGGCCCCACCACUUCCAGCCACCCCAUCUGAACACGCGGUCCUGUCAGAAGAAGAGAACCUAGGGAAUGAGAAUUUCACACCAGCAUCAACACUGACCUCCCAAUACGCAGUUCCACCAAAUGUAACCCAGGAAUCUCCAACGAAACUAACUGAUGACGUCUCUGCAUUAAAAUCAAAAGGCGUUUCUGAGCACAAGAUUCUGUCAGAAGAAGAGAAGGAAGACACUGGAUUGUAUUUCCCAGAAGUGGCCCCUGUAUCUGAAUACUCUCUCCCACCAUACCCAGCUGAGGUGACUUCUGAAUGCCAGGCCCCACCACUUCCAGCCACCCCAUCUGAACACGCGGUCCUGUCAGAAGAAGAGAACCUAGGGAAUGAGAAUUUCACACCAGAAUCAACACUGACCUCCCAAUAUGGAGUUCCACCAAAUGUAACCCAGGAAUCACCAACGAAACUAAUUGAUGAUGUCUCUGCAUUAAAAUCAAAAGGCGUUUCUGAGCACAAGAUUCUGUCAGAAGAAGAGAAGGAAGACACUGGAUUGUAUUUCCCAGAAGUGGCCCCUGUAUCUGAACACUCUCUCCCACCAUACCCAGCUGAGGUGACUUCUGAAUGCCAGGCCCCACCACUUUCAGCCACCCCAUCUGAACAUGUGGUCCUGUCAGAAGAAGACACAGUAGAAAUGGAGCGGUACACACCCUCUUCCAUCACUGCUUCUGAAUUUUCAGUACCACCAUAUGCAACACCAGAAUCACAGGAGGAAGAAAUUGUCUGCAGAUCCCCUUUAAAUCUAGAAGGCGCCUCCUCACCCAUGAAUUUCUCAGAAGAAGAGCAAGAAGACAUUGGACCUUUUUCUCCAGACUCUGCUUUUGUGUCAGAAUUCUCAUUUCCACCCUAUGCAACUCAGGAAACAGAGAAAAGAGAAUUUGAGUGUGACUCUCCAAUAUGUUUAACAUCACCAUCUGAACACACUAUUUUGUCAGAUGAAGACACUGAAGAAGCUGAACUUUUUUCUCCAGACUCAGCAUCACAAGCUUCAAUCCCACCAUACAGGAUCCAAGAAACAAACAAAAAUGAAAUUGAGCCUGAUUCAUUGUUAACUGCAAUGUCUGCUUCAGGAUAUUCCGGCUUCUCAGAAGCAGAUGAGGAAGAAAUUCCAUUAACAGCUUCUACACCUGUACCUGAGUAUCUAAGUUCAUCACAGGAGCAGAGAGCUGAACCUUCUCCUUUGAUGUCUUCACCUGAAGAUUUGAGUUGGCUACCUUCAACAAAUGAAUCAGAGAAAGCAGAAAUUAAGCCAGACGCUCAAACAAUCUCAACAUCUGUAUCUGAAUAUCUCAUUUUGUCACAGAAGCAGAGAACUCGAGAAUAUGUAGAACCUGAGUCUGAAGACUUGAUUCUGUCAUAUUUAAACAGUGAAUCAGAGAAAGGGGAAAUUAAGACUAGUUCAUCAGUAGCUGCAACACCUGUUUCUUCACCUGAACAAUCAUCUGUGAGAAAGGAAGAAAUCAAACCACUUUUGCCUGCAUCUCAGUGUUCAGUUUCACCUGAUUCAGAUCACACAAUUAAGAAAGAACAAGAACCCAAAGCAUCACUCACUCUAAAAGCUGCCAAUGAACAGAUGGCUUUAUUAAACAUUAAAAGUAAGGAAGAAAUUGUGCCGGAUUCUCAAGAAGCUACAGCACAUGUAUCACGGGAUCAAGAAAUGGAGCCUUGGCCUCCAAAUGUUCUAGAGUCUGGGAUGAAAUAUUCAGUUCUGCCUGACUUGGUAGAUGAGCCAAAGAAGACUGUCAAACCCAACUUAGCUCCAACUGUGGCAUCUGAACUAGAGCAGAGAAUGUCAGAGAAUGAGGCUGAAGUAAUAAAACCAUAUUCGGCUUUAAAAGAAACACUUUUAUCUGGACCUGAGAUUUUGUCAGCAGUGAAAACGGAAGUGAAACAUGAUUCUAAAAUAACUGGUACACCUAGUGUACUACAUUCAGCUUCACCAGGAGUGGAAAAGGAAGUUAAGCAUGGACCCCCCAUAACAGAGUUUCCAGCUUUGUCAGAAGAAAUAAAGAAAGAAAUUGAACUCAGUUCUUCAAUAACCACAACAUCUGUAACUAAGCAUGAUUCAAGCUUACCCAAAUUAUCAAAAGAAGAAAUCCCAACAGACUUAUCUCUUACCACCCCUACUGAACAUCCAGUCUUAGCAAAAGUAGGAAAGAGUGAAUUAGGAAGUGGCUUGCCACCACUGGUAAUAUCCACAGAUGAGGAUUCAUUUCUUAAAGAAGAAGGAAAGAUAGCAAUUAAAGCUAGUUCUUCUCCCACUGAAACUGCUGCCUCCAAACGUCUGGCUUGGUCAGAAGUAGAGAAAGAAAUUAAAUUUGAUUUACCUCAAAACAUAUGUUCCAUGUCAGAGCAUUCUACUUUGUCAAAGGUAGAAGCUGAAGAAGUUAAACCUGAGUUGCCAAUAACCAAAACAGUGUCUUCUCAGCACUCAGAUGUAUCUAAGGAAGCAAGGGUGGAAAAUGAACAAGGCCUUUCAUUUUCUACAGUCCUCGACUCUGAAUGUUUGGAUUUAUCACAGGAAAAAAGGUCUGUGUCUCCCUCAGAGGUGUCAAGACCUGAACACGUGCUUUCACUCAACCUAGGUGGUGAGAUAAAGAAAAGAGAAACUGAACUUACUUCCUCAGAGAACGUGUCACCUGAACCCAAAUGUAUAGUUCCAAAAGGCAAAAAUGAGGACAUGGCAAGUUCUUCUCCUGAGCUGGAACAUUUAGCAUCAGAAGCUUUAGUUCCAGCAUUACCAACCCUCAGUGAUGAUAAGAACAAACAGGCAAGAGAGACAUCUUCCAUAGUUCAAGAAGAUUUCCUAUCAGAAAAACAAGAUCUUGCUCUGACAGUUCUCUCUUUGGAAACUGAGAAGGAAGACAAGCUACAUCAAGUAUUAGAAUUACCAAAUACUGGCUCAGAAUUCACUAGUGGUAGGGAAAGGGGAUCUGUAGAUACAAAACAAAUAAAACCUCCCAUAACUGAAACAGUGGAUUCUGUCUUAGAAAAGGGCCUAGCUGAGCUUAGGAGCAGAGGAGAAGGUGAAGAAGAAAACAGGGAACUUCACGUGACAACUACAGUGCCUGAAAUUUUAGAGGUUCCAUCAUGCCUUAGUAAAGAACCUCACAUUCAAGAAGUUAAAUCUUUCUCUCCUAAGGUAGUCAGCUUAGGGUCAAAAGAAUUAUUUUCCUCUCUAGUUGAAGGAGACAACCCAGAAGAACUUCAGUCAUAUACUUUUUCUUUAAAAGGACUAUCAGAGGAGUUGAGCCACUCAGCUGACUUUAAAAAGGGGGAAAAACAAGAAGAAAUAAGCCCAUUACUGCCAACAGGAAAUUUGAAGGCACAAGUGACAGGAGAUACUGUAACUAAACCAAAUGAAGAAACUGACCAACCAAAAUCACUUCAUGUACCCCAGAGCACAACAGAACCAUCAGAGAUCACUUCUUCUGACCUCCUUGUGGAACAAGAGAAGCCUGAAAAAACACUUCAUUCAGAUCAAGCUGUUAAAUUACCUGAUGUAGCCAGGUCUUUUGCAGAUAAACAAGAUCUGGGUAUGAAACAAUUUUCAUUUAAGAAUGAAAAUUUGCCAUUGGAAGAAUCAAAAUCAUUUAUGACAACUGAGCCUACAGAUAUUAAAGAAACACACAUGAAAAAGGACCUUAUUUCUCCAGAGGAUGAAAACUGGAUGCUAAAAAAGCCAGAAAGAGAUUUGGUAAGUCAUCAUGAAGAAAUAGCCCAAGGACCUGCAGAGCUGGGUUCCUCUGGCAGCAGUGAUCUGGUGACAGAGCAGCUCAAGGCUGCUCUUUUGGAUAAAGGCCAUGCAACUGAAAUCAGAAAGCACGUUCUGCCACAUUCUGCGAAAGACUCUCCUCUAUCGUUGGAAGAACCAGUGUCUACUCUCAAUAGCUCCAGUGAUAAUGUAGAGACCUUAUCAACUAAAAUGUAUUCUUCUGAAGACAUAAAGCUGGCCCCCACAGCAAAAUCUUUAGUUCCAGCCGGAAAUGUGGAGGGAAAUGAAGCAGAGGGGAAGCAGAUCCUUUCUUCUGUGGGGAAUGAAAUUUUAUCAGAGAAAGCAAACACAGAAUUUUCCAGGCCUUGCAAAGAAGACAGCCUGGAAGAAAUGAAACAGCCACCUGAAAGAAUCCUCCAGAAACCAGUGUCUGGUCCAUCAAUGGAACAGGUCAAAUCAGAAACGAUUCCCUCUCUUGCCAAAGCAGCCCAUUUCCUGGCAGAAGGUGCAGAACCUGCAUUGGGCAAUGAAAAAGAGGCACACAGGAGUCCAUCUCCUUUAUCUGUGGAGAAGCCAUUAGAAGAACCAAAAGUGGUUCAGUCCAAGGUUGUAGAUGAUGCUAAUGAGGGAGGGAAACCAGCAGCUGAAGUGCAGGUGCCCACACAAAUAAAACCCCUCUCCUCAACCCAAGAUGAAGCUGCUCAACCCCCAGAGUCACCUGAGGUGACACAAAAGCUGCCCAAGCAGCAGAAGGCAGGGGAGCCAGGCCUUUCUGAGGAAAAGGGAAAGAAGGGAAUUUCAGCUUUCACAUCGUGGGUGUCCAGUUUGUUUUCUCGAUCAAGCACUCCAGAUAACAAAGUUGCUGAAAAAGAAGAUGUGGAAGCUCAGCCAAGUCCGCCUGUAGAAAAAGCAGUGACUGUGAUCAAGCCAAGAGAUACAGUUCCAGCUGACGUUCAUGCAACUGAGAAACCAGCUGAUCAGCUAGUACCAGAGGCCAAACCUAAAACUGCUGAAGAAUCCAGGGGUACUUUAGUUAAAUCUUAUGGGAAGGAAGAAGUCCUAGACUACCCAGAGGAAAUGGACCUAAACUCAGUAGUUACUUCCACUGAUGGUGAGGGACAUCUUGGAAUUCCAUCUUAUUCUCCGAUGGCUGAGAAAUCCAUUAUGGAAGAAGCCAGAAAUGCUGUUCCUCUUCAUGUCACUGAUAGUAAGAGAGCCCAGAAGCCAGAAAUCUCCCCUCCAUCUAAGUGGAAUAUUUCUAUUUUUAAGAAAGAGCCAAGAAGUGAUCAAAAAGAAAAAUCACUCUCUUCAUUUGAUGCAGUAGACAAGGUGCCACAACAGCCAAAAUCAGCUUCAUCUAGCUUUGCAAGUCAAAAUAUCAUGAAGGCAUCAGAGAGGCCAGAGCCAAUAAUUUUGCCAGUAGAAGAAUCUAAAGGCAGUUUAAUUGAUCUUGGUGAAGACAGACUACCAAGACCUACUUCUUUGAAAAUGUCUGAAGAGGAAAUAAAACUCAGGUCUGUUAGCCCAACUGAGGAGAAAGAUAACUUGGAAACCAGAUCACAUACCUUGGCAGAAAAGAAGAUGCUGGCAGAAAAACGAGAAACUGUAGCCCCAUUAGAGCUUAGAGAUAAUAAUGAAAUAGAGAAGGCUCACGUUACACGUGGAUCUAGCCCUGUUCAAUUGGAAGAAUCAAAAGCUCCUGCUGUGCUUCAGGAGGUCUAUCAAAAUGAAGACCACAAAGAAAGAUACAAGAUUACUGAGGAGGAGAAAGAAGAAGAAAAAGAAAAGCAGUCACAUGUACUUUUGGAAGGAAAGAAACAGCAGGAAAUUCAGCCUCAUUCUGUGAAUAUAGCUGGGCAUGUGCCUGAAGAAUCAGAUAUCUCUUUCAGUCUUUCUUUGGGUGAAACUCGACCAUUUUCAUUAGUUAAGACUACAGCAGUUACUGAAAAAUCAGAAGGCAUGCUCCCAGAGGCUUACCCAGAAAUAAGGGAAAUAAAGGCAGUAGGAACCCAAUCACAUCCAUUAGAAGAACGUAAAGUUUCAGUGGAGAAGACCAAGACUUUCCUUCCAGUGGAGCUUCCUUGUGAUGAAACAGAUGAUCACUCUUUACCCAAGGAAGAGAAUCUGGCAUUGGAAAAGUCAAGCAGGGAUGUGGUGAGACACAAUGAAGAAAAGGGACAGGUCACAGUGUCAGAUAUGCCACAAGGUUCUUCAGUAGAUACCACAAAAGAAAGUGUGAAAAAAGGAUCUCCAUCUGAAGACUCUCAAAAGACUUUAGAUCGGCCUUUUAGUGAAACAAAGAGCUUAGAAACACCACUGUACUUGCUGUCAUCUGUGAAACCACAAACACUUGUUUCAGGAGUGUCUCCAGAAAUUAGUACAGUGAAAAAACAAGAAAUACCAUGGUCAGAACUGACUCCAGAUAGGCAUACAGUCCAUACUACUCAAACAUCUAAAGAUCAAACAUCUGAAAUGUCUGAACAAUCUGUUCUUGUUUCAAAGCACCACUUGGAGGCUGUGGAAGAUGCCCAUGUAAAUGAACCACACUCUCCAGCAAGCAGCAACUAUGCUCAAUUUAUAACUAAUGCAUCAACAAUCAGCACUGAUAAGAUGGUUUCCAAGGAGCCUGAAGACACAUAUGUAAAAGAUGAAAAGUUUACAAUGACUAGCAAGCCAGCUGGGCUUUCAGAAGAUCAAAAGAGUGCCUUCAGUAUCAUUUCUGAAGGUUGUGAGAUAUUGAAUAUUCAUGCUCCUGCAUUUAUUUCUUCAGUUGAUCAGGAAGAAAGUGAACAAAUGCAAGAUAAGUUAGAAUAUUUGGAAGAGAAGUCCUCAUUUAAACCUAUAUCCCUCCAUGACAAGAGUGAGGUGGUUGAUUUCCAUAAAACAUUGAAGAGCAUGUUAGAAGAUUCUGAUAAAAAAGUUACACCAUUGAAAGAAAACAAACAAAAGGAAAUUCAUACAACAAAAGAGGAGAUAGCCACAGAUUUAGAGACUAGUAAUUUAGCCUUUAAUCAGCCCACAAUUCCCAGUGAAGAGGAUUAUUUUGAAAAGUAUACAUUGAUUGAUUAUAACAUCUCCCCAGACCCAGAAAAACAGAAAGCUCCAUGGAAAUUAAAUGUUGAAGCAGACCUGUCAAAGGAAGUUCCAGAAGAAACUGCCUCUUUCCCAGAACGUUCAGAGGAAAGUGCCCUAGAUCAUGAAUAUGACUUGGUGAAAUUAGAUGAAAGUUUUUAUGGACUAGAAAAGGACUACAACAAAUUAUCUGACCCAGAGACCCAAAAGUCUCUGGUUAUUCAAACAUCAGCUGACAGAGAUGCUCCAAAGACCAUAAACAGAGAUACAGACUCCAAGUCACCUGGGAUGCCUCUAUUUGAUGCAGAAGGAGUUUUGUCACGAACUCAGAUAUUUCCUACCACUGCUAAAGCCAUUAAUCCUGAACUUCUGGAGGAGCCACCUGCACUUUCAUUUUUAUACAAAGAUCUGUAUGAAGAAGCAGUUGGAGAGGAAAAGAAAGAAGGGGAGACAGCUUCUGAAGGUGACAGUGUGAAUUCUGAGGCAUCAUUCCCAAGCAGAAGUUCUGACACUGAUGAUGAAACAGGAAUAUAUUUUGAGAAGUACGUACUCAGAGAUGACAUCCUCCAUGAUAUAUCUGUAACUGAAAAGGACCAAAGCCAAGGUCUAGAAGAAAAACCAGUUGGUAAGGAUGAUUCACAGCAACCAAUAAUUGCAGAAGGGGAAAUUUGGGAGAGGUUUGGAAUGACUUUGGGGAAGAAGAGUCUAGAAGAGGAUCAGAAAGCUGCGUACAGGGAGAGAGAAUCAGUAGGCCACAUGGAGAGAGAAUCAGUAGGCCACAUGGAGACCCUUGACAAUGUAUCUAUGCAGAGGAAAGCUCCCAUCACCGAGGAAGUCAGGAUGGUUACCCAGAAAAUAAGCUAUGCUAUUCCCUUUGAAGACACCCAUCACGUCCUAGAGAGAGUAGAUGAAACUAGUGGUCAGAGUAAUGAAGCAGCAAAUGCAAAUCUAGAGGUCAGUCUGAAUGUCCCAGUACAAGUGUCCUUCCCAGAGGAAGAAUUUGCAUCUGGUGCAACUUGUGUUCAAGAAACACUGCAAGAAGAACCUCCAGUAAUAGUCCCACCUGAGCCAAGAGAAGACAUGCUCCGCAAUAGCCCUGUUCAGGAUGAGUAUGAAUUUGCUGAAUCCCUGAAUUACGAGGUGGUUACUCAAGCUACUUUAUCAGAAGACCUGUAUUCAGAAUCCACCCCUGAAGAUGUGUUAUCUCAAGGAAAGGAAUCGUUUGAACAUGUCAGUGAAAAUGAAUUUGUGAGUGAGGUGGAACAAAGUAUGUCUGCUGAACAGAGAGAGUUGGGCAGAGAGAUGACAGAACAAGACCAGUUAUUGUCAGAGUUGGUAAUCGAGAAGGACCAGAAGGAACUGAAAAAGUCCCAGAUUGACACAUAUUGCUACACUUGUAAAAGCCCAAUUUCUGCCGUUGACAAGAUGUUUGGCACCCACAAAGACCAUGAGGUUUCAACACUUGAUACAGCUAUAAGUGCUGUAAAGGUUCAGUUAGCAGAAUUUCUAGAAGAUUUACAAGAAAAGUCCUUGAGGAUUGAGGCUUUUGUUAGUGAGAUAGAAUCCUUUUUUAAUACCAUUGAGGAAAACUGUAGUAAAAAUGAGAAAAAGCUAGAAGAACAGAAUGAGGAAAUGAUGAAGAAGGUUUUAGCACAAUAUGACGAGAAAGCCCAGAGCUUUGAAGAAGUGAAAAAAAAGAAGAUGGAGUUCCUGCACGACCAGAUGGUCCACUUUCUGCAGAGCAUGGAUACUGCCAAGGACACCCUGGAGACCAUCGUGAGGGAAGCCGAGGAGCUUGACGAGACCGUUUUCCUGACUUCGUUUGAGGAAAUCAAUGAAAGGUUGCUUUCUGCAAUGGAGAGCACUGCUUCUCUAGAGAAAAUGCCUGCUGCGUUUUCACUUUUUGAACAUUAUGAUGACAGCUCAGCAAGAAGUGACCAGAUGUUAAAACAAGUGGCUGUUCCACAGCCUCCUAGAUUAGAGCCUCAGGAACCAAAUUCUGCUACUAGCACAACAAUUGCAGUUUACUGGAGCAUGAACAAGGAAGAUGUCAUUGACUCAUUCCAGGUUUACUGCAUGGAGGAGCCACAAGAUGACCAAGAAGUAAACGACUUGGUGGAAGAAUACAGAGUGACAGUGAAGGAAAGCUACUGCAUUUUUGAAGAUUUAGAACCUGACCGAUGCUAUCAAGUGUGGGUAAUGGCUGUGAAUUUCACUGGAUGUAGCCUGCCCAGCGAAAGGGCAAUUUUUAGAACAGCGCCCUCCACCCCUGUGAUCCAUGCGGAGGACUGUACUGUGUGUUGGAACACGGCCACCAUCAGAUGGCGGCCUGCCAACCCCGAGGCCACUGAGACCUACACUUUGGAGUACUGCAGACAACACUCUCCCGAGGGCGAGGGCCUCAGAUCUUUCUCUGGAAUUAAAGGAUUUCAGCUGAAAGUUAACCUCCAACCUAAUGACAAUUACUUUUUCUAUGUGCGAGCCAUCAAUGCAUUUGGGACAAGCGAACAGAGUGAAGCUGCCCUCAUUUCCACCAGAGGAACCCGAUUUCUCUUGUUGAGAGAAACAGCUCAUCCUGCUCUGCAGAUUUCUUUAAACGGGACAGUGAUCAGCUUCACGGAGAGGAGACGGCUGACAGAAAUCCCAUCAGUGCUGGGUGAGGAGCUGCCUGCCUGUGGCCAGCAUUACUGGGAAGCCACAGUCACAGACUGCCCAGCUUAUCGACUUGGCAUCUGCUCCAGCUCGGCUGUGCAGGCCGGUGCCCUGGGACAAGGAGAGACCUCGUGGUACAUGCACUGCUCUGAGCCGCAGAGAUACACGUUUUUCUACAGCGGCAUUGUGAGUGAUGUCCACGUGACUGAGCGUCCCGCCAGAGUGGGCAUCCUGCUGGACUACACCAACCAGAGGCUCCUGUUUAUAAAUGCGGAGACUGGACAGUUUCUCUUCAUCAUUAGGCACAGGUUUAAUGAGAGCGUCCACCCGGCCUUUGCCCUGGAGAAACCCGGAAAAUGUACUUUGCACCUGGGAAUAGAGCCCCCGGAUUCUGCAAGGCACAAGUGAUCAUUGGCUUUCAAAGGUUGCAAGAGCAAUAAUUCAGAUUUGGGGGGCUCUGUUGUUCUUUUCCGUGGGUGCUAGACAUUAUUCAAAACAUCCUCUGCACAGUGGCACUAGUGACAGCUCCACGCACAGUGAUCAGCACAUGAACAAAACCA